UCACCAAACUCCCAGAAUCCACCGCGCAGGGUUCAGUAAGAAGGUGACAGGGGACGCCGAAAAUGGCCUCAGCCUAUCUCACCCACCAGCAGAAAGUACUGCGACUUUACAAGAAAUCACUGAGACACCUGGAAUCAUGGUGUGUGUUCAGAGAUAAAUACCGCUUCUACGCCUGCAUGUUACGGGCUCGUUUCGAUGAGAACAAGAAUGAGAAGGACUUGGUGAAGGCCACGAUGCUGCUGAAGGCGGGAGAGGAGGAGUUCUGGUCCAACCAACAUCCACAGCCCUACAUCUUCCCCGACUCUCCCGGAGGAACCUCCUACGAGAGAUAUGACUGCUACAAGGUACCGGAGUGGGUUCUGGACUGGUGGCACCCCUCAGAGAAGGCCAUGUACCCGGACUACUUCUCCAAGAGGGAGCAGUGGAAGAAACUGAGGACGCAGAGCUGGGACCGAGAGGUGGAGCAGCUCCAGGCUGAGACUCCGGCCGACGGCCCCCAGACUGAAGCCCUGCCCCCGGCCCGGAAGGAGGGUGACCUCCCCCCUCUGUGGUGGCAGUACGUCACCCGCCCCCGGGAGCGCCCCACAUAAACACUGAAGAGGGGGAGGAGGAGCACAGACCACAGGCCCCGCCUCCCGAGUGGAAACACCACCACCAACCUGUACAUGUACCUGAAACACCUUACCUGUAUGUGUUUGAAUAAACUAUAGAGAAAGAACCGUGGAA